AUGUCUGACGAGCCGACCGCCAGCGGCCAAUCCGCGCCUGCCGCGACUGAGGAGGUUGAGAAGAAGGUUGAGGAAACCUCGACGGCUGCUGAAGCUUCUGAGGAACCUGCACCUACUGUUGACAACGCGAAACCCUCCGAUUCCGGCGCGCCUGCCAAGGACAAUGCCGAGGACAAGGAGGCGCAGAAGGAGGACACCAAGAAGACAGACUACGCGGAAUCCUCUGGCAAGACAGACGAGCCAUCCAAGGACGAAGACGCCGACGUCGAGAUGAAGGACACUACUGAUGCACCCGAGACGAAGGAGACCUCUAAGCCUGUUGCUGCUGCUGAUGCUGAGGCAGCGCCUGCUGCUGAUGCUGAUGCUGCAGACAAAUCCAAGUCGCGUCGCAGAUCGUCUGGCAUUCCCGAGCACAAGGGAAAGAAACUUAGCAAGAAGGCAUCUAAGGCCAAGUUCUUCCAUACCAACGCGCAGCCUGGAGACCACUUCCUGGUCAAGCUCAAGGGAUACCCUCAAUGGCCUGUCAUUGUCUGCGAUGAGGAAAUGCUCCCUGAGACCUUGAUCAAGAGUCGUCCUGUUACUGCGCAACGCGCUGAUGGCACGUAUCGUGAGGACUAUGCCGAUGGUGGCAAGCGACAGAACGACCGCACAUUCCCUGUCAUGUACCUCCGCACAAACGAGUUCGGCUGGGUGCCGAACUCUGCGCUCCAGGAGCUGUCUGCUGACAGGGCCACUGAACUUCUUACUGAUAAGGUUAAGAAGGUUGAGUUGCGUGACGCUUUUGAGCUUGCCAUCGAACAGCACCCUCUUCACUACUACAAGGAGGAACUGCAGAAGUACCAGGAGGAGCUUGCCCAGAAGCAGGCUGCCAAGGAUGCCAGAGAAGCCGCAAAGAAGAACAAGAAGAAGGCUCCUGCAGUCAUUGAGGAUGAGGAUGAGGAUGUCGACAUGGCUGAUGCUGCUGACGAGGAAGUUGCUGAGCCCAAGGAGAAAUCCAAGACAAAGAAGCGCAAGGCUGAUGAAGAGGCCGUCAGUACUCCAGUUCGGACUGAUUCUGCUAAGAAGCCCAAGAUCAAGCUUAACACAUCCUCCACUCCUAAGACAACAAAUGGAGCUACACCAAAGUCUGGCAAGGAGUCUGCUGCGAAGCCUGCAAAGUCCAAGUCGUCAAAGAAGGACGGUACUGAGAAGAAGGCUGAGAAGGAGGUCCCCAAGGAGCCUGAGCUUACAGCUGAAGAGAAGCAUCAUCGCAAAGAGAAAGAGGUUCUCUUCUUGCGCCACAAGCUCCAAAAGGGUCUUUUGACGAGAGACCAAGAGCCCAAGGAAGAAGAGAUGAAGAUGAUGUCGGACUACAUUACCAAGCUUGAGAGCUUCCCGGAUCUUGAGGUCUCAAUCAUUCGCUCAACCAAGAUCAACAAGGUUCUGAAGGCCAUCCUGAAGCUCGACUCGAUUCCCAAGGAAGAGGAGUUCAACUUCAACCGUCGGUCGCAGACCUUGUUGGACAAGUGGACCAAGAUCCUGGCCGGAGGCGACACUGCAGCAGCCCCUGCGGCAUCUGUCACUCCUGCGCCGACCAACGGUGUUAAUGGCACCAAGGCUGAGGAGAAGAAGGAUACGCCUGCUGUCUCCGAAGGUGUUAAGGAGGCGAGCAAAGAUGCAGAGAAGCUCGAGGAGGCUGACAAGGUCGCCGACAAGGAGGAGAAGGAUAAGAAGCCUGAGCAGCCUGAGCAACCCGAGAAGGCGGAUGAGGAGCCCAAAAAGGGCGAUGAGCCUGCGGAGAAGUCGGCCGAGGAGUCAGCACCUGCAGCGCCGGAACCGGUUGAAGCCAAGGCUUAG